CCGUAUGAUGCGUCAUUUUGUCAGUUACUGAUUGUUUUUGUGAUUUUUAAUUCUUAUGCUGAAAAUUUUUCAAUUUCCUAAAUAUCUCUGAAAAUUUGCAUCAAAAUUAUUUCAUUUUCUCUUAUUAGAGAAGGAAAACUUACAGCUCACGGCCAUGGCACACUACAUUUCGCCGGCAAAUAAUGGUAGUAAAAUCAAUAAGAAACUCCAGGAUGAACGGGAGAAGGCCCGUGAAUUGCUUGAGAAAUCUCAGUCUCCCAUGCGGGGAAAUGUUGAGAGAAUAUCUCAUCUUUUCCGGCCGAGUAGGAGUAAUGAAACGCCGCAAGGGAGCACCAGCCGGCAAUAUAAUUUGUCCAUAAAUAUAAGUGACCUUGCUGAGGACAAAACCGAGGAUUUGGGGAUGUCUCAGAAAUUCACUUUUGAUCCAUCUGAGAUUACUGGAAGGUCUACAAUGUUGUCAAAGCACGACGGGAAGGGGGUCUCGAAGAAAAAGUCUUCGGAUCCUGUUGAGGAGAACUUUGAUGACAUCCUUGGGACGAGCCGUUUUCAGCAAGUCCGGGAUCUCAGAACGAGCUAUCGGGAGAGCUGUGGGAGAAACCUCGAGGGUACAUUGUGUAAAAAUAGAGAGCAAGAUCUCGAUGAAAUCUUUGCCACAAGUCUCUGUCAAAAUGUUCGAGAUUUCAGCAAGACUUACCGGGAAAGUCAUGGAAGUGGCUCAGGAAGGAACAGAAUGGAAUCUCUGAAGAAUUCUGAUCGAGAAUCAUUCCAUUCGGAUGAUUUUGUGUCUUCAGACAAUAUAAAAAGAAAUAUGCUGUCUGAGGAUGAAAGGGAUUGGGAGAAGGAGUUUUUCGCAGUACCCGGAAGGAAGAAGACAACGGAGAUUCCCGUAGAUUACGAAGGCUUCUCUGGGUUCUUUGUUCCUCACAACGCAUCAUACGCUUCUGACCAAUUCUCUUUGGGAGCUUUGUGUCACAAACAGAGUGAAGCUGUGAAUAAUAUGAUACGAGCAGAUAGCCCAACUCCUGCGGCAACGUGCAUGCUGAGUAGCACCGUGAAUUCAGUGACGUCUGCUUACUCUGAAGCCCCCUCAGCCGCGGGGAGGACCUACACAGCCGAACCGAAGGAAACAGACGUUGACUCCCUCAUUGAAAAUUUAAAUCUUUCAGAGUCAACAAACAAAAUUCUAGCAAAUAUGCUCAAAAAGGAACCCAAGAAGAACAUCCGGAAGUCCCCACUUGAUGACAUCACAGCCCAGGAGGUAAAUCUCAAUUCAACUGAGGGCACAAUCAACGAGAGCACCCUUCAAAGUGGAAAAGAGAAUCGUCAAAGUGAUAAAGAAUACGAAGAUUUUUGUCGCUUUAAAACAAAAAGUCCUCGAAGGGCGGGAUCAAAUUCCAAGUUGUCCCUUUCAACGGAAUCCGCUCACGAAAAGAGCAAAAGACGCUCCUCAAGCUCAAGACUUGAACCUUUCGCUGAGCAAACAAGAGGAACACGAAAAAGAUCCCGAUCGAGUGUCUACAUCCAGUCAGAUCCAGCUCCUUCCGUGGUGGAGUGUCGUCGUGAUAAAUCCCCAGAAAAUACUGAGAAAACACGAAUGAACUCAGAUUCAAUCGAUCCCACAUCUGCCUCGGAUCGAAUGUUCAUCUUCAACACUCCCAUAGAUUCGGGGAAGAUGUCCCUGCCCAAUUAUGGGCUCAUUAAGGGUGAUUCCAAAUCACCUGGAAGCACCGGAUUGACAAGAACAACAUCACAGCUGAGUACAGCAAGUGAGUUUAAUCAUCGAGAGGGAUACCUACCGCUCAAAGCCACUCAUGGAGAACUCUCCUGGGGAAGUGUGAGACUCAGAACGUCUAUAACGAAGAACAUCCAGAUUAAGAAUACGUCAGCUAAAAGAUUAACCUUGCGUGCCGUGAUUGAUGGCCCAGGAUUCCAAUUUGGAAGUGCUGAACUACCUCAUAUGACCAUCACUCUUCAACCCCAGGAAUGCCGUGGCAUGUGGAUUGUCUUCUGCCCAACAAUCAAGGGUCCAGCUGUUGGGAAGUUAAUCUUCAAGCCUCCCCUGGCUGAUAGUACGAGCCGUGUGAUUCCACUCUACGGCUACGGUGGUCAUGCCACGGUAACUAUCGAAGGACUCCAGCAGGGACCGGUGGGUUCGAAAUUCCUUCCCAUUGGGGACAUCAAGAACCCCAUGAGGACCUUUGAGAAAAUUAUCCGGGUGCACAACAAGGGGUCCCUUACGGCCUUUGCUAGUGUGAACGUCGAGAAUACCCGUACGGAUCAACGCUACUUCACCACGUCUGUUAGUGUUAACCCAUCGCGCUUGAUUGUCCCACCAUCGUGCUCGACGAAUAUUAAAAUUCAAUUUAGCCCUCAGCGUGAGGAGCUGAAGAAGUUACUUAAGAUGCAGAGGGGAACUGAUGUGAUUGUUAUUGCUAAUUUAGUCGUGAUAACAGGGGAUGAACCAACAAGGCAUCGAAUGAAGAAAUUAAUGAAGACAAUGCCAAAUCAUGCUCUGAUGUCAUCCACCGUUCUAUCGGGGUUGUGGAAUUCCUUCCCAAAGGAGCAGGACUUGGAGAAUCUGGAGGAAUUAAGGGAGAAUUCAAUGGCUAUUACAGAUCUAGCUCAGGGCUUUAGGAGCAUUGAGAUUGCGCUGACAAUUAACAAUGAAAGAGCCGAUGAGACGGUACUGGAGGCAUCGGGAUGGAUGGCAGACUUUGAGGAGACUGUCCUUUUCCGUACGAUCACAUCGGGUGAGGAGCCAGAUGAGCAUGAAGUUACGCACGAUGAGGUGGAAGUUGUGAGUGUGCAGCCGCAGGAAAUUGUUUGGAAGUCUCAUGAUGCAGCAUGCAAGAGGCUCACGGUCAAGUCAUUGAGUGGGAGACCGCAAAUGGUUGAAAUUGAUACAAAUUACCCACAUUUGGUGGAAAUUCUUCCGUCCAGAAGGGAAAUUUUACCACGAGACACCCUCACGGUGCUUCUGAGAUUCCUCCCUGAGGGUCAAAUGCCCAAGAAAUCCUUCAUUAUUCGUGUACAAGUUGCACAUCAGAAUAUUAUGAUUCCCGUUAAAAUUGUAUAAAAUUACCCGCAUAUAAGACUUUUUUUUUCAUUUAGAUGAACAUUUAAAUUUUAUUGGCUUUUAAUUACCACAAAAUUAUACAUUUUUUCCACCAUCGUAAACACUUUCUAUCAAAAAAUCGCUAUCAAGUAACUUUAACCUGUUUUAUUUUUUUUAGCAUCCUAUGAAACUUUUAUAAUUCUUUAUGUUUGUAAAUUAUUUUUCUUCUAUAAAAACAUUUCCAAAAUAUCUAA